AAUCGAAGCUGAGCGACGGAACCGUGCGAAUUUGGGAAGUGUUCGCUGAAUUUCGAAGAAGAUGAAAUAAUGGCAAAUGUUGUUAAUCAUGUUGAUAGCUACAAUACAGAUGGAUAAAUAUAGUUUCACAACCUUGAAUACUAGAACGUCAGAAGAUGCAGCGAGCUCUAGCUGAUAGCUGUGCAAACAAAUAUCUUUCACGACACAGAGAUGAUUUCGAUGAAAUUGGUAACAACAUUUGUAGAGUAACAGGUAGCGCUAUGGCGAGCUUAAAUAAUUAUUUCCGGGUCUAAUUAAAAAUUGCUUUUAUAGAAAUUUUAACUAGUUAACUAGUUAGUUAAGUUGAGAGCUGGUGGCCUGCAGCGACGGUUUGGCGCUUGCGAAGGCGCUCAUGGGGCCUCCCGAUGGCUCGACGUGUCAGGAGAGGCUCGCGCUGGCGGCUGCUGCGGAGUGCCCUUCUCGAGACCUGUAGAAAGCGCUAUUUUUCUUGCGGUUGUGCCGUGGCCUCGUGUCGGAACGUCCUAAACCCUAGAUCGUGACGUAUGUGGAGCCUGGGGCGCCUGGAGAACAGUUGGAGAGAUCGCCAUGGCUACCGUUGGCUUUCUUUACGAUGAACCACCUAGAUAAUACUGCACUAUUCUAGACGGCUGAGAAUCUUCCUGAAGUCUGAAACUUGAACUGAAUGAGCUACUUCUACACGAU